UAUAGUUCCCAUGUGCAUCCUAGACCGGUGUUGUGUUCGGUCGGGCGUAGGAGUCAUGAGACUGUCCUGUCCGCGACCGCGUGCGCCAAGACUUGCUCCUUCCUCGAAUUGUCCUUCCUGCUACACUCUUCCUACACCCGCCUCCUACAGUCUUCUUUGCCUCCAUCUGUCUUUCUCGUAAUCUAUAUGCAUCUCCCUCUCCUUUCGUUCGCCUUGUAUGAUACUGCAUCAUGUUUUAUAGCCACGAAAGUAUGUCAACCACAUUUCGAAUCGCUGCGACACUGGCUAACAGUCUCAGUUCUAACGUCCCGCAAGUACGGCAUUGCAACUGUCUGGCUCGUAGCGACCCUUGGAGCGAAGUCCAACUCCAAGAAAGUCAACCGGAAAGCCAUCCAAGAUGUAGACUUGCCAAAAGCAUGCGAGACCAUCAAAAACCCCGCGGCGCCCAUGGCACUGCGUUUGCAGAGCAACUUGUUGUACGGUGUAAUGCGCGUGUGGUCGCAGCAAUCUGAAUAUGUCUUGUCCGAUUUCGAAUCUUUCCACAACGCCAUGUAUAUGAUGCUACGCUCAAUGCACAAUGAUUCUCUCGAUCCGAAUGCGGGCAAAGCGAAACCCGAACAAUUGAUCCUUCAAGACGACCCUUCGUUUCUUCCCGAGUUUGCUGCUCCACCAGCAGAGCUGCUCGCUCAACUGAAUAUUGGUCUACCGAUCGAUCCUCCUUUUCACGUAGGAGAUUCUCAGUCCCUGACCCCCUUCGGCUCACAGCAGGAUCCAUCCACGCCCGAACCUCCCAUCGGCGGUCUGAUUCUACCUCCCUCUUCCUCUAAUGGUGCAUUCGAUGGUCCAGGUGUUGUCGGUUUCAGCAGUGUCGGGAGAGCAAGCGGCGGACUACCAGAUAAUGAAGGUUUCGAUGAUGCCAUUUCCGACCCAGGCUUUACCUUUGACGAGGACGGGAAUCUCAUUGAUCUCAUCGACCCGGCCUCGCAUGUAAAUGUGGCCGCACAAGGUGAUGUGAGAGAAGCCACGAUGCAGAGCGAUGGCAGGGCCAGUUCCCGAGUGAGACAAGAGCACGAGGAAGGAUUGCAUACCGGUGCAGAGCAACUCGACGACCAAAUGGAUCUGGACUUUCCCAUCCUGGACGAUGAACUUCCCGAUGCGGAACCCUUUGCUUCAACGGCCCAGCAAUCACUUCAUCAUCCGUCCGAAGCUAUUGAAUCCAGCCCAACCGUUGUCGCGACUGUUCGCCGCAAAAAGAGAACCGCACAAGUUCUGCCUGUGGAUACCAACAACGAACUUCGCAGCAAAGAUCUCAUGGAUUGGAACACCAAUUACGUUGCCAACAUGCAAGCUGCAUCUCAAGCCAAGAAUCAAAAGCUUCUUGCGAAGCAAGCGAAGAAGAACGCCGAGUACUGGGUUUGGGGUGCAGGCAUCGGAGGCAUCGGAGCACGGCUUCAAGGCACUGCUGGACCGACACCGUUUGACAUGUUCAUGGGAGAUAAGUUAUUCGAGCACUUUACCGGACUCAGCCGCCACGUGUCUAGAGGAACAAAACGCGAUCGAGAUAGUGGGAUUGAUGACGUGACGCAGGAGGAGUCGCGACGCGUGCGCAGGAAAUCCGACGAAUUCUCAGAGCACAUGGGCCGAGCAGUUGAAGACGAAGCCAUGUUCAUUCCUGGAGGUGACGAUGUAGAACUUCCGCGUGAAGCUUCUGCGGCUCUUGACGAGAACCAGCUCUCUUCGGCCAUGCCAUGGAACAUAUCGGCCUCGCUCCGCGGGUCUUCCGCCGUGCCACGCAGCGCACGUGCUCUGUUGACAGGUUCUAUGGGCGCAACUUCUUCGCUGACCGCUGCACGUCGUGCAGCUCGGCUGGUCUCUGCCUCUCCACUUCAUGGACGCGGUCAGAACAACGAUAUGCAAAACCUCAUGCAGGGUUUCGAUGAAGGUAUUAACAGCUUUGAUGAUUAUGCCGGAUUUGAAGGUCCUGGCUUCAGCUCUGAUAUGCCGGUUGCUGCUACUGCCCCUGCAGAUAGGGAAGAGGAAGAGGAAGAAGGCGGAGUUCGUGAGGUUCUGGGCGUCGAGGGCGAACACUUUAUUGAUUUCGUAGCCGAUGCGAUUGAUGAGAAGCGCCGCGGCCGAGAGCAGGGUGCUGACAAGCAAAUGCCCGGCGUUGAGAACUCUCACAGUGUGAAUGACGACGACAGCGAAGAGGUACUGUUCGAAGAACUGAUUCCCCCUCAACGGAACAACAAGGUCGUUGCCUCGCAGGCUCUAAUGAUGGCUUUGACGCUCGGUUCCAAGGGACUUCUCCACGUGCGCCAGGAUGAAGAAUACGAGGAGAUUGGUCUAUCGCUCACUGACAAGGCCAAAGCCCCACUGCUUGCGGUGCCUGUUCGCGCAGACGAUAUUCAAGCCCGUCAAGACCAAGUUCAAGACAACGAUAACGUCGGUGGUGAAGACGAGGGCAGUGUAGCUGCAGAUGAUGCAAAUGCGGCGGCCGAAGAAGAGAAUGUGGACGGCGGACAAUUUGAAGAGCAGUUCGAAGCUGGCCGGGGAGAUAACCUUCAGGGAGUAACCGGAGAUGACUAG